GAAUUGAACAAGACAUCAGAGCCAGCAGUUAAAACCAGAAGGAUGAAUAGAAAGAACUUGCGAAAACAAAUUGCAGGAAAUGUUGCAACAUAUUCACGAGGCAAAAUUGGAGGAAACCCCAUUCCCACUAGCAUGAGUGAAUCUGCUGCAGAGGAUACAAAAGCAAAUACAGUGGAUAUAAUAUUGCCAGUAGAGACUGAAAGGUCUUUGAACGGUGAGGAAGCAAGUGCACGUCAACACUCGGAUGACUUGCUCUUCCACAGGAUGCUGUCUUUGUUCUACUGGCCUGCCUUAAUGAGCAAGUGCAGUCCUCCAGUGCAGCAGGCCCAAGUAGCUAAGGAGAAGGUUACUACAGCCAUUUCAAAGACCAAGGAGUCAAAACAAGUGAAAAAGAGGUUUUUGUUAACCAAAGAUGACCUUGAAACUGAGGAACAGGAGGAAUACAUAUCCCACUUGGAAGAAGUAGAUAAAUUAUGUCAGAAAAGAUUGAAGAAGCCGCAGCUUUCCACAGACAGCUCAGAGGAUUGUGCGGUGGAGGACUAUAAAGUUUACGUAACCCCUUCAGAAACGGAUGGGAAAUUCACAUUGGAAGAAGAGGAAGGAACUGAUUCUUGGGUAUCUGAAAGUGAGCUUGAGUCUGCUGAUGGAGCCCAAGUUAUUUUGAGCAGAAGGGGAAGAGGCAGAGGCAAAGGACGAGGACGAGGACGAGGAAGUAGAAGUAGAAGUGGAAGUAGAAGUGGAAGGGGAAGUGGAAGGGGAAGGGGAAAUGGCAGUGGAAAUGGCAGUGGAAGUAGAAGUGGAAAUGGAAAUGAAAGUGGAAGAGGUAGAGGAAGAGGAAGAGGAAGAGGAAGAGUUCAAUCCCAAGAAACGCUUGAAGGAAGGAGUAAAGAGGGCCACACAGAUGAGAAUUUUGCAUGGGAAGGCACAGAAAGCCAAUCAAAGGUGAUGGAUGGAGUGAAUUACCACUUGGAAGAUGAUGUUCCAACUAAUCUGAUAACUGGUGUUAGUAAAUUCAGAAGAAAACAGGGUAUCACAAGUCUUAAAAGAUCUCUCAUUAUGAAGAAGAUAUGGGAGAAGAGACGUCAGGGCAGUCACCCAGACCGCACAAACAAGAGACAAGCUAGGAUUUAUCAGCCCAGACCAUCCAGAACGAGGGACCGCGUGCGGAAAGAACUUUUAAAGCCCCCCAAAACCCCAAGGCCCUGGGAUCUUCCCAUUGAUGGUCCUAUUAAGGUGCAGCCCAUGGUGUCACCUGACCAGACAGAAAAUGACAUGGCCAAUGAAGAAGGAGGAGAAACAGGAAUUUUUGAGUAAUGUUGUAUUAUUCAGCCUUUAAAAAUAAAUGCCAGUCUUUGUCUUCAUCAGGUCUCAUUGUGAUAUAUGAAGAAUACUUGCAGUAGAAGGCCUUGAAUGUUAUAAGUUCUGUUUGUUGUUUUUAAUAUAAUAUGGAAUUUAUUGCUAGAUUUGAUAUUGUCUCUCUCUGUGUGCCUUUGUUCAUGAAAAGGUAAGUUAACAUUUUAAGGAAAUAUAGAGUAUAAAAAUGUUUUAUUAAGAUUGAUGAUUUUUGUAAAAGGAAUUUUAUUUAGAUUUUUGAGGAGCAAUUGUUUUCAUAAAAUGAAUAUUCUUUUAUUUUUCUUCUGAAGCACAUAAAAUAGUUUGUUGUCCAUUCUUUUAGAGAGAGAUAAAAUCUGUGUAAAUUGUAGUUCUUGUUUAAAAAGAAGACAUUUUUGUUAUGCAGAAAAUAAAAGAAAAUUAAUUUAAGUAUGGAAGAGUGUAUAUUAGUUGUCCUGUUCAGUUACAUAUGUGUGUAGAAGCUUUUUGUGUGUACAGUAUAUGUAUUAUCACAUAUACUGUAUACAUAUAGAUAGACAGAUUUUCUUUGUGUAUUUCAACAAGCAUUAUUAUUCUUUCAACUUUGUUUUUUAGGAAUCAGGGAAACACACUUUUAGAGAGAGAGAAAAUCUGUGUAAAUUGUAGUUCUUGUAUAAAAAGAAAAGACAUUUUUUGUUAUGCAAAGAAUAAAAGAAAAUUCAUUUAAGUAUGGAAGAGUGUAUAUUAGUUGUCCUGUGUGUGUAGAAGCUUUUUGUGUGUACAGUAUAUGUAUUAUCACAUAUACUGUAUACAUAUAGAUAGACAGAUUUCCUUUGUGUAUUUCAACAAGCAUUAUUAUUCUUUCAACUUUGUUUUUUUAGGAAUCAGGGAAACACACUUGAUGACAUAUAGUUGUAUAAUGUUCUCUCAAACAUUUCAGUACAUUUCUCUGAAGAAAUUAUUUGUUAUUUAUCUUUACAAGUAAUAGCACUUUGUUUGAAUAUUACAUUAUUCAGUUGAAGUUUUAUUUAAAGAGAGUUGUGGCUGUCUUACUUUCUGCACACCUCCUAAUC